CCUACAGAUAAACCCCUCUUAAAGAUACAAAGAGCUCGCGACUGCAUCACACACCUUUCAAGAAACUAAAACACCUACAACCAGCGACACUUCACUACAGAGGCCAGCAUGAAGAAAUUGCUUGUGGAUGUGGACUGUGGUGUGGAUGAUGCUCAGGCUAUCAUGAUGGCUUUGGCAGUGCCUGGUGUGCAGAUCCUGGGCAUCACCUGCGUUCAGGGCAACACUUCAGUAGAGAAUGUCUGCAAGAACGUCCUGCGUGUCCUGAAAGUGUGUAAGCAUCUGGAGAUUCCUGUAUUCCGUGGAGCGACUAAAGCGCUCUUGGGACAGACCAUCAGUGCUGGAGAAUUUCAUGGCAAAGAUGGACUCGGGGACGCCCCGGACCCCAACGCUCCUGGUUUGGAUCUGGUCCAGAAAGAGGACGCCAUGUCGGCCAUGAUCCGAAUAGUCAAUGAGAAUCCUGGAGAGGUGUCUUUAGUGGCCACGGCUCCGCUGACAAAUGUGGCUUUGGCAGUGAAACUUGACCUCUCAUUUCCCCAGAAACUCAGAGGCCUUUACAUUAUGGGUGGCAAUACAGACUCGCGCGGGAACACCACUGUGUGUGGAGAGUACAACUUUACAGCUGAUCCUGAAGCAGCAUAUAUUGUUCUGAAUGAAUUUAUUUGCCCAGUUUACAUUGCAACCUGGGAGUUCACUUGUCGCAGUAAAAUACCCUGGGAGUUCUGUGAUGGUUGGCUGGCUCAGGACACAGAUAAAGCUCGGUUUAUGAAGCAGAUCUUUAAGCAUAGCAUGGAGUCCACCUACAGCGAGAGGAUUGAGAAGGAGCUGGUGGAUGGGCAGGGAUUCGUCUCCUGUGAUUCUUAUGCCAUGGCAGCAGCCAUAGACGACACGUAUAUCAUUGAAACUGAACACAAAGCCGUCACUGUAGAGCUGGCGGGGAACUGCUGCCGGGGAAUGAUGGUUGUAGAUCACCUCGAUAUCCUGAAGAAGACUCACGAAGCCCACAUCUUGAAGAAGGUGGACUUGGAGAGGUUUAAAGUGCUCAUGAUGAAUGCUUUGAAAUAAAUGAUCAUUAGUAUC